UUUCCCUGCAGAGGCCAUAUUUGUUGAUGUGUCAUAUCAAAGGGACUUGUUGGGCGAUCAGCUGGUGGAACCGAAGAUCUAAGUUCACGCUUAUCCCGCUUGUCUCUGCAUUGUUCUAACCAUGGGAUAUAUGCAUUCGAUUUAAACCAGGGAAGGACCAUGGAACAGCCUGGUCCUGUUACAAAUAUGAUGGAAGAAUCAGAAGUUAAAUCUUCGUCAGAGGGAUCAUGCCAAGUGACUCAGCUUCUCAACAGCACGUCUAACAUAGAAGAGGAGGAACAAGUCUCUCACAGCAGUGGACAUGAAGCAGAAAUAUGCAGUCAGGUGACAGAUGAAGUAGAGCUUGACAGUGAAUUAGUCAAGAUUAUCACUGAUGAUGAGAUGGACAUAAAGACAGUGCAGGAAGCUCAGACAUGCAGUCAGGAGCAGGCUGCUGAUACCAGUACAGAAACUGAAAGGCCUCUAUUUAGUCUUUCAAAUGAGACUGAUGGUGCUUUAGCAACCCCAGUCACCACUCUGGAUGUAGUAGAAAGCUCUCCUUCUGUUCUUGAGGGGACAACAGACACCGUAUUGACUUUUGAUGUUGUCGUUACAAACAAUAACGAGCAGCCAUCACUUUUAGUUACUAAUUGUUCCACAGAGCCAUCACCUGAGGAUCAAGAUUCAGCCGAGAGUCCGUCAUCCUCCUCUGUCCAGAGCACUUCGAAAAACUCACCCACCGACUCAACAACCUCCGGGAUCUCUAAUGGACCCUCGACCCCGAGCUCUGACACUGUCAGCUCCUCGCUUGCUUCCAGCCCACAAACCAGUGCCACCAACAUGGUCCCCUCACAUUCCUCGUCAAGUCCUUACGACACUGAUUGCAGCCGAAAGCUCAUUUCCCAGAUUCAGCGCUCACUGUCACAGGAGUCACUGCUGGAUGAGCUUGAGUCAGAGCUGUUGUCUUGUCAACUGCCUGAGGGGGAAAGCAGGGGUGAAAGGAAAGGGAGCUCUCCUGUGAAUGGACUCACCACAGACCAGGAAGGCUGCAUGGUGGUUUUUGAGAAAUGUGUACAGUACAAGUAUGCACAGCAGGAGAAAGCUAUUCAGAGGUUGCUUGAGGAGAACAAGAGACAUCAGGAGCUGAUCCUGGGAAUUUGUUCAGAGAAAGACAACAUGAAGGUGGAGCUGAAAAAGAGGGCAGAAACAGAGAAGCAGCACAUGGCCACCAUUAAAAAGUUGGAGGGCAGGGUGGAGGAGCUGCUGAAAGAAGUAAAGGAGUCGCGGGACAAACUAAUUCACCAGGAUCAGUCAGCUAAAGCCGCCCUGCAGCACAUGCAGAAGGAAACGACUUACCGACUAGAACAGGUGAACAAGAAGUGUGAUGAGGCACGCCAAGAGAAGGAGGCCAUGGUGAUGAAAUACGUGCGGGGGGAGAAAGAGGCGCUCGACCUGAGGCGGGACAAAGAGAGUCUGGAAAAGAGGCUGAGGGAGGCAACCAAGGAGGUGGACCGCCAGGCGCUCCGAGGAAACCAGCUGGCUCAGGAGAAAGGCCGGCUGCAGCAGCUGUAUGAAGCUAAGGAAGGGGAGGUCGGCAGGUUGACUCGGGAGACGGAAAAGUUAAAGGAGGAGAUCAACUCCCAUCUCAUCAAGGUCAAAUGGGCCCAGAACAAACUAAAGAGUGAGGCAGAUGCACACAAGGACACAAAAGACAAACUGAGAGAGACCACAUCCAAGCUGGCCCAGGCCAAAGAAGAGACUGAGCAGAUCCGCAAAAACUGCCAGGACAUGAUCAGAACAUACCAGGAAUCGGAGGAGCUCAAAUCCAACGAGCUGGAUGCUAAACUGAGGGAGACCAAAGGAGAGCUGGAGAAGCACAAGCAGGAGCAAACAGACCAAUUAGAGGUGCACCGAGUGAAAGCCAAGGAGCUGGAUGACCUCAAGAGAAGUUAUAAGGAGGGCAUGGAUGAGCUCGAAACUCUACGCACCAAGUUAAAGUGUCUGGAGGAUGAGCGCCCCAGAUGGGAGGACGAGCUGAGCAAAUACAGGGAGAUCAUCAACCGGCAGAAAGCAGAAAUCGGGCGGCAGAGAGAGAAGUUGGAGGAGGUUACCGCACUCCAGGAGCAGCACCAACGUGAUGAACAGGAGAUCACAUCUCUUCAUGAAGAGGUGGAUAGCCUGACCAAUCAGAUGGCUGACCUGCAGCGUGAUGUUCAGGGCAGCAGGGAGCGUGAGGCUGAGUUACUGGGCUUCACCGAGAAGCUGAGCAGCAAGAACGCCCAGCUCCAGUCGGAGAGCAACGCACUACAGUCUCAGCUGGAUCAGCUCACCAACAGAUUCACGGAGCACCAAGCAAAGCUGGAGGAGACCAACAGGCAACUGGAAGACAAGUCGAGACAACUGAAACAGGAGGAGGUGCUGAGGCAGCAGGAGGUGCAGGGUCUGCAGGAGGAGCGGGCAGCACUGCAGGUAGAGGUGUCCCAACUAAAAACCAGAGUGGAAGAGCUGAGGGAUGAGCUGGUGACACAGAAAAGGAAGCAGGCUGCAAACAUCAAGGAUCUCACAAAACAGCUAACACAAGCGCGUAAGAAGCUGGAGCAGGUUGAGAAUGGAGGGUGUGACCGGGAUGCCAGCAGUAUGGGCAGUCGCUCCAGUUCCUCAGGUACUACUGCAGGAUUUGGCUCUUUGAAUGCACGCCACGGUGGGAGCGGCAGUGUUGAAGAGCGGUCACCAGAGAGCCAAUCGGGUCCUUCAGUGGUGGUCGUGGACAGCUUCCCAGAGGUUGACAAGGCUGUGCUUGUGGAGCGUAUUGUCCGUCUGCAAAAGGCCCUGGCUCGGAAGCAGGAAAAAAUUGAGUUCAUGGAAGACCAUAUCAAGCAGCUGGUGGAAGAGAUCCGCAAAAAGACCAAAAUUAUCCAGAGCUAUGUGCUGAGAGAGGAGUCAGGGGCCCUCUCAUCGGAGGCGUCAGACAUUAACAAGGCCCACCUGAGCCGGCGGGGAGGCAUCAUGGCUUCACUUUACACCUCCCACCCGGCGGACAGCGGCCUGACCCUGGACCUGUCGCUGGAGAUCAACCGGAAGCUGCAGGCCGUGCUGGAGGACACGCUGCUGAAAAACAUCACUCUGAAGGAGAAUCUGCAGACACUGGGCGCUGAGAUCGAAAGGCUCAUAAAGCGGCAGAGGGAUCCCGAGGACGGCGUGAGGAGGAAGUGAUCGGGGAAGAGAGAGAACUUUAUGAAUCUCCGUCUGACACGCACUCAUUCUCGCAACAUGUGAAGGAGCAAAAUUGAAUGUUGAAAGUGCCAGCAGGAUCUCAGGUCCUUGAUCUCCGAUUCUGUCCGUUUGGAGAAGAUGUCUGAACUUACUUGAACUCGUCGCUAUUCCGUCCGCCUCUGUUUUCGCCUCUGAUACAACGAAUCUUCCUCUGGAUCACGUCCGUCUCCCCCAGAGCCUUGCCAAGAGAGCUCUUUGGGCCAGUGGCUUCGAGCUUCAAACUCUGAUUGCCUUGUAAAGUAACUGACUGAGGAUGCCAUCGUUAUGAAUGUAUAGCAAAUUCUACCUGGAAAAUAGUUGAAAAAUGACGAAUUCUGAGUUGCCAGUUAUUUCAUCCUAUAAAAAUACGGACUGUCUUCUGGUGCAUUAGCCUCCUCGCAGCUCUGUCCACCGUAGCGUACGCGCACUGCGAUGAUCAUUGCCAGCAUGCUCUUUCCAUUUGUUUCCAUCUGCCAAUAAGCCAAAUGUACUUUUUGAAAAGACUGCUGCUUCUGCUCGACUCCCGUAUUGCAAGCGAAAGUGAAGAACAGACCAGCCUCAGCUUGCGGGGACCUGGCGUGCCACCUGUGCAUUUUUUCCAUCGGGUUCUUGUUCUGCGCAGCACUAGUCUGAGCUGGUGCCUCACAUCAGCACCCAUCUGUGCGACACCGGUGCUAGACUUACGGAAGCAGACUCCGAUCUUCGCAGUGUUCUCUGGAGCCAGCGGCGCUGUGGAGGCAUCCCACUGCAGCUGUGGAAUAUCAAGUAUAAAAAUCACGCGAAGGUUGAAAUGUAGAGCUGGUCUUUAGUUUGGCCGUUCUGAAUGUGAUUUUUUUUUUCUUCUCUUUUUUUUUUUUUUUUACUUAUUUUCUAAGUUGACUUAGUAGAGAGUUUCUAUUUUAGUACGUGAUCCUUUUUUGUUUUUAGUAUUGUGUGUCACAGAAGAAAGCUUCCUCUUCGAUUUUUUUUCCUUUUAGUUUAAAAUAAUGAAUACCUUUUCCUUACUUUACUCUCUCGCGGCCACUUCAUUAGCGCCGACUUCCAACAACUCAUCUUAAUCAGACGCAAGCAUUUAAAGAUAAUCCUGCUUGUUGUGAAGGGGUUCAUUUGCGUUGUGAGCAUUUCUCAAAGUUUUCGCAGCAUAUCCGAGUGAUUUAGUGAGGAAAGGACUAAUAUUUGAAGGCGUUCAUGCCACACUCCUCUUUAUUUUGUUCUUAUUUUUUUGUAGUAUCACUGAGUCCAGUAAAAAUGGAAAUCAAGUGUAGAAAAAAAUCAAAGGGAGAACAGCAGAUCUGUAGCUGUAGCUCAGGAAAGCCAACGGAACCUACAGAAAUAUAUCCAGGGUCAAAGUGCAAUGUUGUUCCUUUAUGUUUUUAUUCGCUCUUUCUUUUGAUCCCAGUGCGUUUGUGUGCCAGUAUACUGUCUGCAACGUGCAACUGUGCCGGUGGUCGAGUAUUUAAAACUGUGUGUGCAUGGCUGCAUGUGUGCCUUUUUAACCUAUCGGGCUUUCAUGUUUACACCUUGUAUACAUGCUUCAGCUGUCAGGGCUUAUGGUUUUGUCUUCUUUUACCCCCCCCCCCCAGAUUGACCACAGUUUGUUCCAUCCAGAGGGGUAAACCCGAUUUGCAUUUAGACCAGUGUCUGUCACACACUAUAUGCAGCUCAGUACCUCUCAGCCGUGCACAGCCAUGCUUUUGUCUCUCACUGACACCUGUUUAGUUCAUCACACAAGCGUACACGCUCACGCACGCUUCAGGAUGAGGGAUAGGGAGAGCAGGCAACCGGCUCCAUUUCCACAAUGCCCGCGUCUCCUUUCACUUGAUUUGAUCUGAUUGCUGUCACAAAAGAUAAGCAUCCAUCUUUUUAUUUCCCUUCUCGCAGUCAGGAACAGGCUCUUACGGGUCAUGAAUGGCUACAGGCCGAUCCCCUCCCCGUACACCCCGAGGCUGUGUUGAAACGGACCGCUACCUGAAUAAAGAUAAACGUUUCCAGGAUCGAGGUCACAGAGUCCUGAAAGCCUCCCUGCAGCGAAUGCUCUUGCGUUUGACGUACCUCUACUUUAAUUUCAUUCACACUGAUUUUUCUUUGUGACGUGGGAUCAGUAUGUAAAUGCACAGGCAGCCAACCUGGAGAUUACCUCUGCAUUCUCCUUGGUGUUGUUAACCUUUGAAACUCCACAGAUUCAGCAAGGUAGCAUCUUAAUAGCAUCGUCUCACACUGCAGCUGGCUUUGUUUUUCUGUAAAGGCUGUGGAUAAUUUCAAAAUGAUUUCAGCUAUAAAUCAAAAACCAGGUGCUUUGCUGCUGAAUGAGCGUUUUGUUGUUUUGCAGCUUGUUUCAGGUGCAGAAGUAAAACACGACCUAUGCAACGGCCUCGCAUGGGAUUUUCUGAUUACGUCCUCAUAAUUCUCUGAGGCACGUUAAUACGUUUCCUCUGAUUCGGUCACCCGGGAGAUACGAUUGCUUUCCGCAGCCUUGAAACGUAGCCAUGCCGCAGCUUUGUGUGGAAGAAUGAAUCGAACCUCACGUGUCUCUAUAUGAAUAUGAAGAAAUAGUGUUUCAGUUUGUGCGAGUGCCGAUCUGUAAAAUGAAAUGAGAAGAAGUUAGUUGUCUGUUGUUUUCCUGCUGUGCAAUGAUUCCCUUUGCCCUGUCUUGUGGAAUAUUCAAACUGUGAUUAUAAUAUACUUGUAUUUGUAGAUACGCCAUUCUGUAAAAUUAUGAUGAGAUGUUUUUAAAAAAAAAUAUAUUGAUUCCGGAUGAUGUUUGUACAUAUGGUGUUUCAGAGGAAUAAAAGGAGAUGUGUCUUAGCUUCA